UGACAAUGACAUGAGGAGGAGGUGAAGGUGAGAUUUACUUCUGUACUCUUGCGCAUGCGUGAGAGUGCAUCAUUGAAGUCUAUGGAGGCAAGAGUUUGAAAGUUAUCCCAUAACCUUCAAGUUUAUAGUCAGUGCCACUGCCAUAAAUACAUUGUAGCCAAUAAAGCUAUUUACCUACUGAUAUACUGGUUAGCAGAGAAUUCAGAACCAUUUUUUUUAUCACAGAACAAAAAAAAAACAUGCAAAUCAACAGUUAAAAUAGUAUCUUCAAAUGACAUGAUGUAUACAUUUUACAAAUAGUCGGAAUUAUAUACUUAACCAGGAUUGUCUGGAAUUUACCAGGGAAUUUUAAAUGUAAGGCUAAAAUGGAAAAACAAAAAUCUCUAGCUCUCCUAAUCUUCCACCUUUAAUAUUUUGGCCUAACAUUCGAAUUUUCAAGAUCAAUUCCCAAGCAUUCCCAGUGGAUUAAAUUCCCUGCUUGUUCAUUAUAUCUUGUUUUCUCUGUGUAUUGUCUAAAAAUAAUUUAUCUCUUGGGGCCUGCAUCCUACUGGAUCUUACCGCUCCCAUUAGCAAUAUCUGAUUUGCAAAACAAAAGCAUGCGGCUUAUUUACAAUAUACCCCAUUAUCUGAUUAGUGUGAUGAAUUAAUGGAAUUAUUUUUUUAUCUUUCAGAAGUACUCACUAAUGAGUAAUUAUAAGAAUGCAAAACUGGAUUUCUUCUCUAAACCAAGAAUUAUAAUCAGUUGAAAAUCACCAACUAUUUUUCCAAUUGUACUGGUUUAGCAAAACUUUGCAUUUCUAAGAUAUUUCAUUAACAUGUCCAGUCAGUAAUUGGAUUUUUGCUGCUAUCAUGCGACUCCUGCAGUUUGUCACUCGUUGCAUGUCACAUCAUUUCCAGGUCCCAAGAUGUGUCUGCCAGGCGGUUCUGUUGCAUAGAACGAUUUACCAAACACACAUAUGUGACGUUUCCACUAACUGGCAUGGGUCAUUUUUGUUCACAACCCAGCAUUAUUGCACUUCAACACAUACCCAGCACUCAGUGCCAAGAAGUAAGAGGAUUCAUACAUUUGAGUCUGAUAAUUCCACUAGUGAUGCACAGGAUAGUACAGAGGAUGAUUUUGGGACAUUAUCCCAAAGGUAUUCAUCCAGAGCUGUGUUCAAGAAAACCUCCCCAGAUCUGGAAAACCUGAGACAUGCAGAAGAUGAAAUAGAAGAGAAAGAAACAUUAACUCUAGAAAAAGUAUCAAGAAGGAACACUCCCUACUGGUACUUCCUACAGUGCAAAAGCAAAAUAAAAGAAGGCAAGUUAGCUGAGGCAUUGGAGCUGUUUGAAACAAAUAUGCUGCAGGAGGAGCAUCUGCAACCCGAGGAAAGUAACUACACUAUUCUGAUAGGAGGAUGCGGGAGAGCCGGAUACGUAAAGAAAGCCUUCAGCUUGUACUCUGAUAUGAAGAAGCGAGAUCUGAAGCCCACAGAUGCUACAUACACAGCUCUGUUUAAUGCAUGUGCUGAAUCUCCAUGGAAAGACUCAGGCCUGCAACAUGCUAUGAAACUACAUCAAGAACUGAAAAACAAGAACAUUGAGCUAAAUAUGAUCACAUAUCGGAGCUUGAUGAAAGUCUGUGCACUGUGUGGAGGCCUACAGAGCAGCUUGGAAAUAUUCAAGGAAAUGGUACAAAAGGGACACAUUGUUACUACAGAUACUUUCAACGUACUUCUAAUGGGCUGCAUCGAGGAUAAGACAGUGGGGUUCCGUUAUUCUCUGCAGGUUUGGCGACUGAUGUUGAGCCUAGGUUUAAAGCCCAACAUUAACACAUACAAUCUGCUCAUUCGUGCUAUCAAAGAGUGUGGAAUUGGAGACCCUAAAGUGGCAUAUGAUAUUUUGUUAAGCCCCAGUGAGCAUGCAUUGCCAAAGAAAAAAAGCAGGUUUGGAAAACACAAGCAAGCUAACAAAGUGCCUACAGUUGGAGUAAUAACUGAGCAAGAAGUGGAGAUGUUAAAGCAGCAACUAGUACUUGAAAGUACGGCCAGUGUCAAACAAUCUAAUCUUAGUGGAAUAGAUGUAAAAUCAGCUCAGAAACCAGCUAUGAUAAAAAGUAUUUCAUCCCAAGUAACUAAAGAGGUGGAGCCCUUUAACUCUGACACUGUGCUUAUUGAUGCUCAGCAGCAACCACCAAACCUCCUUAAUCAUGUUGUAGAGAAACAUAUGGUAGUUUCACUAGGGAAUGUCCUCGAACCCUCUGAUCGGCUUGCUUUGGUUGGCGACAUGGAAGGAAUCCUGCAGAAGAUGAAGGAGGAUCAAGUGAAACCUACGAUAAAAACUCUAACACUAUUGGCUGAUGUAACAAAACCUGGCAGCCAAUCAGAAUCUAGCCUGCUCAGCAUCAUGGACUUAUUAAAUAUUAAGGUGGAUGUGACGUUUUUCAACACUUUGGUGAAAAAAAGAAGUAAAAUUUUAAAUCUAGCAUCAGCAAAGGAAUUACUGCCUGUUUUGGUUCAAAAAGGAAUUGCACCUAACAUCCAGACAUUCUGUCACCUGGCUUCAGCUUGCCACAAGAGAGAAGAUGGUUUGCAGCUUCUUGAAGACAUGGUGAAUACUGGUGUAUUGCCCAACAAUUAUAUAUACAGCACCUUAAUUCAAGUGGCUUUGAAGCGCUUAGAUUAUGUCUACCUCACAGACAUCAUCCGGGACAUGAAAGUCAGAAACGUUGCCCCCAAUGAAGUGGUGAUUCGGCAGUUGGAGUUUGCAGCUCAGUACCCACCAAAGUUUGACAGAUAUCAGGGUAAGAAUGUAUUCCUGGAGAAGAUUGAUGGUUUCCGUGGCUAUUAUAAUCGCUGGUUAGGAUGGAUGGCAGCAGAAGAAACACCACAUCCGUGGGAAAAAUACAGGACCAAACGUAAGCUUAAGGAGCAUCUACCAUCCGACACUGAAUAAUAAAACUAUUUAUUGAUAA